GGAAGAACUUCCUCCGGGCGGCCGGGAAGUGGCGGCGGGGGAGGGGGGUCUGGUGGGGCGGUGCUGCGGUGACCGGCGUGAUGUUUCUAACGGUGGCGGCCCUGGCCAAGAGCAAAUCUAAAUACGUUCUGGUGAGGAUGAAAAGUGCGGCCGAGACGGGCUUCUGUUUCAACGUCAGGAGACUCCGACUGCAGGAAAAACUGGUCCUGCUGAGAUACGAUCCCAUCGCAAAACAACGAGUCCUCUUCACAGAGAAGAAAAAAAUCCGCUCCAUGUGAAUAAUGACUGGGCUUGAUUUGGGCUUGAGGAGAGGACGGUUUAGGGGGAGGAGGACGGGGCGAACGCCGAUUCAGAAAUACAGCAACGUGGGCCGAAAAGAGAGGAAAUGAACUGGGAUCACCGUCUCCUGUGAUUUGAAGGCCAUUGUGAAUAAAACAAUGUAGAGAGAGAAAAUUCUUCAUGUCUGGACAUAGAUCAUCACAGUAACAUUUAUUUAUCUUUGGAAUUAUUUUUACAGUACCCAAUUAAAAAAAAAUUAAAUAGCAAA